ACAGUGAUUUCCCCUUUUAUGCAGCUGACAAUGACAUCACGAACAUGGCAGAUAAUAGAACGAGGAAUUACUUGGAAAUGUAAUCAUUUAAUGUCAGGGAAAACAGAAUCUGCUUGUUGUCAUUUUAUUAACACGUGUAGCAAGAUGCAGAUCUGAAGAAUGGACAGAACUUUUCAGAGAGAAAACAGUGUUGUAUAUAAUUCCAGCUUCUCAAUUUUGGAUGGCAUACCAUUUAAAAUUGGACCAAAUUUUACUCAAAAGCACAAGAUUCAUAGCUCCUCAGAUUUGAAGAAUUUGACCAGAAGACAUAGACAGGAGGAAGAGUAUGACUUUUCUGUGGAGGAGGGAGUUUUAAAAUGGGCUGAUGAAAGACAGAAACAAAUUGCUGCUCAGCAACGUGCUGAGGAAGAGCGCCUAGCACGAGCACAAGAGGAGGCUAAUGAAAGCUUGGACUCGGAUAUCUCUGACCAUGAGUACGAGAAUGAUGGAUGGCAAAAUGCUACUGUCACUGCUUCACCACCAUCAGUGACACAAGCCUCACCAGCACCUGUGUUACCAGCAAUUUCUAAUGACAUUUUGACACCUGUACAUGUUUCCAAUCAGAAUGGCUCUUCUAACAAACCAAAUUCUGAUUCGCAAAAGUCUGUGGAUUUUUCAUUGUUCGAAACGGAGGAUGACCCCUUUGAUAGGUUUGAGAGGUUGACACUAAAUGACUUGACGGAACUGAAAAAUGUGUUUGACAACAGUAGAGGAAAAGGAGAAAGUGGAGGAUCCAACACUUCAGAAGAAGCUGUGUAUGAGAACACAAAAAUAUUGAAUAAUCCUCCAAAUGGUAUUGUGACUUCAAGUUCUACUGUCAAUUCAACAAGUGAUGUAGUUGAUGGAGGGGAUUAUGUCAAGUUAGAUCCUACCAGAAAUUCAGAACCGACUAAUGGAAAUGUGAAUGGCAAAAUACGGAGGAAGCAAAAGACAUACAAGGGUAAAGUAAUCCCUCCCGUUCCUCCACGACCAAGUCUGGUCGCCAAGAACCCCCUCCCUGCCAUAGGACUGGGGGUCACUAAUGUUAGUCCAAAGCCUACUGGUACUGGAAAAUCAACAAAUCCCUUUGAAGCAGAUCCUGUCGCGGAUGUCACUCGUGGAGAACCUGUGCAUAAAAAUGAAUCCAGCUCAAACACUUACGAAAAUGUAAGUGCACACACUGAUUAUCAGUCUGUCAGCUUCUCGAAGACUCCGACAUUUGGCAUCACUAAUAAUGUUGAUAGUUCAGUGUCAAGUAACAGUCCAUUCCUGUGUGCAAAUCAAGAGUUACGAGAUACAGCAUCUAAAAAAUCCCAAGACUAUAUGAAUGUGGCUCCAGUCAAACCUAUGGGGGUUCCUAUGCCAGGGAUGACCCAGCCCAUAUCAAUAGCCAGUGAUAUAGUGGGUGUGUCAAUGAAACAGAGUGAAGAUUUACCCCUUCCACUCACAAUUUCUCCUCCUCCUAGACCUUCCUCCAAACAGGAGCCACCUGGAAAUGCACCACCUUCCUGGAAUCGCUAUUCUCCCUUACCUCAGCCUGGAUUUGGAACUGGAAGUCUAAGUUCCUUGUCAUCGGCAAGUUCCAUAACUGAUGUAAAGACAGUCAUUGAUGUUGAUCCAUAUGAUAAAUUACCACCAGAAUCCAAAAGAGUGGUUGACAGUGUGGUUGGUAUGGGUUUUCCUAAGCCUCGCACAGCCAGGGCAGUAGAGACACUUGGUGCAGAUGAAAAAGAGGUGAUUGACUAUCUCUGUGUUGUUGGGAAACUUAUCGACAAGGGACAUGAAGCCUACCGUGUAGAAGAGGCUCUUAAUCUGUUCAAAAACAACCAGGAAAAGAGUGAGAGGUUCCUGGCUUUGUUCAAGCAGUUUCAAGAGCUGGGGUUCAGUGAUCUCAGAAUCAAAGCAGAACUUGUGAAGAAUGAUCUGGACAGUGAUAAGACACUGGAUUCCCUCACAGCCUGAGCAGUAGAGAGCUCGCUAGAGAACAACCGGCGGCCAUGUUCAUGGGAUAGCUAUUGUAACCUCUCUACCAACAGAUUACUCUCUGUCGUCUUGCCAGAUGAUAAAGUAAUUUGUAUGACUGUCUAACAAAAGUCAUUGUUAUUCUUGGACGGGUACAGGGUUUCUGAUAUAUUCACACUGUAACAAGGGAUUGUUUGCUAAACAGAACCGUCACAUUGGAAUCAGGUUAUUUAAUAUUUACUGAUGGUCAAAUAUAGCAUGUAUUUCUUGUAUUAUUGAUUUAUUUGAUGAGUGCAAUGAUUAUUUUUAAUUACAUGUACCUUGAUUUGUUAUGAACAUGGAAGUUACCUGUUAUGUUUUUACGCAUUUUAGUAAAUAUGUAUAGAGUUAAGUUAUUGACCAGACAAAAAACAUUAACAGUAUUUUCCAUUAGGACAAGUUCUAUUUUAUUAUUUUAUUACUGUGAAAGUGAUCAACCUCAGUAGUAUUACAUGAAAACACAAUUGCAUGGUUUUGAAAGGAAGUUAUGUUUUGCAUAUGAACACAUUUAUUUUAGUAUUUUUCCUUUAAAAAAAAAGAUUUUUUUUUUGCAAAUGAACAAAAUUCCAUAUUUUGAUCUUUUACAUUAACUAUCAUUUAUCAUUAAUUGUUAUCAAAGCAGUUUGCCUUAAGGAUGUGUUCACAAUUUUUAUUUAUUCAGUUGCCAUAUAUUAAACUACUAACACAUGUACAUAUAUUUUGUAAACAAUGCUAAAUUGGAUUCACUAAAUUACAAAAUUGGCUUUACAAAACUUCCUGUUAUGGAAAAUGGAAAAUACAAGGGUUUAGCUAAAUGCCUCCUCCCACCAUUAUCAAUAACAGUGGAAGUAGGUUUUGUGGGUUUUUUGUUUGAUUGGUUUUUCUGUGAGUUAUAAAUCACCUUAGUAGUACUGUGGUGACCUAUUGGGAUUCAUACCUGUCAGUUGUGGGAUGUGUCAUUUUGAUUUCCUCAUUUCCCCUCUUCCCCUUCCUGCAAUCUUUAAGAAGGGUGCUACAAAAUGGGCAUCCCCUAGCAACACGGCAUACAUAAAUGUGUUAAGACCUUGUCCUAAAACCAAUCAAAACUCAUACUGUAGUGUAAGACAGCAUCUGUACAAGUAAAGUUCUAUAUACAUGUAUAUUAAGUACACUUGAAGUUAUGCACCAUGAAAAGUACCAUUCAGUUCAAUUUUAUGAAGGCAGUGAACAAAAUCAUUAUUUCUUGUACAGAUUUUCUCUUGAGUGACCUUCACCAUAUGUCAUUGUCCUUGAAAACCAGUAGAGGCAGAGAUCUUCUUGUCAAAUCAUUACUGAAAGUUGACAAUUAGGUUAGAAAUGUACAUGUAACUUAAAUCUUGUACACAAGAAAUAUUUGACUUUUCCUGACUGACUUUUUGGUUUUGACCUUGAAAAUGAAUAGGAUUCAAGACCUUUAUACUAAGUACAAUUCCUACAAGUUUGAUAAAUGUGGCUUUAAUCUUAAACCCUCACAUUUUUCUUUCCAGUGACCUUGGCCUUUUUAUAUAUAUGACCUAGACAAUGAACAGAUCCAAGAUCAUUUGUGCAGUUCUGAUAAAAAUCAAUGGAAAAAUAUGGUCAAAUUAUUGUACACAACACCAAACCAACAACCACUUAAUAGAAGACUUGAACACAGAAGCAACUUAUGAUAUGUACAUGUAUAUUUCCCAGACAACUUUAUAGUGAAGGGAGGAAAUCCUUUUUACCUCUAAAUAUCUAGCUCAUAAACUGGGUCUGUAUAGUUAUAAUAAGUAUGGAGGCCUCUACUGUGGAAUUCAGGGUCUCUCGAUCAAGGGUUCAUAACCCAGGAUAUGGUGCAGUAUAGAUUGUGUGUAAAAAGUGCGUUAAAUCAUUAAAUCUUGUCUCUUUACUCCUGAAAAUCUUGAUCCAGCACAUAAACUCGAUACAUACACAUACUCCUGAAGGGUGUAGGUCAUUCAAGGUCAUUAGUAAAAAGGAUAGAAAUAUUUGUGUGCACUAUAACUCUGUAAUUGUGACUCAUUAAUAAUGUAGCUAAACUUGACACGGAGGAUGCUUUUUACCAAACUGGGUUUUUUUUUAUCCUUAAGCCAACUUUACCAUAACAUUAUCAUGUGAGUUUUCUGUGUGGGAUACUCAGAUGUUUAGACACUACAUUUCUAGCUUAAGCAAGUACAGAAUAAUUUUAUCCAAACCCGAUGAUAGUUUUCUAAUUUGCUCAGUUUAAUGGUACAGCAUAAUUUUCACCAUAAUAUAAUUUUCUAAUUUGCUCAGUUCAUUUGUCUCACUUUGGCAUAAUUCUAGCUAUGCUAUUGGAUUAGUAAUGGUUGGAAAAAUUAGGCUGUUUUUUAAUAUGUCUUUAAAGAACUCCUUUGAAAAAUUAUUGCACAGUAUGAAACUUAGAAUUUAUCAUACAGGCUCUUUUUUUUCCAGACUUGUAGAAAUUAUGUAUGCAAAGGUGCAGAAUUUUUGAAAACAGAUGUAUGAAAAACUGAAAUGAUAUCUUAGUGUGUUGGAGGUACCGGUACUAGAUCAAACGAAUAAAUGUGAGGUGUCAUUACGUACGUGUAUGGAUGUUCAAAGAAACUGAUAUUGUACUUUAUCCAAAUUUCUGUGAUAAUCGAUACCUUUUCUCAUACUAUGGAGACAAUAUAUAUUUAUUGUACAUGUACCUAGAAUUGUGGAAAACAUUUUGGCAGUUGAACAUUUUACAGACAUGACUAAUUUACAAGACCAGCUUCAUUGAACAUUUAAUUUACCUAGUGUCCAAAUGAAUACUCGUGCUUCUGGAGGAUUUGACAACCAUGUUCCAAAGUAGACAUUGCUCAAUUAAUGAGUGCACAGUCAAUGUCGGACAUUUGAACAGAAAUUUCUAGUGUUUCUGUCUCAAGUACAAAGCCUAUGCAUGUCAUAAUUACCAACAAGUCUGCCAGUUUUCCACCAUUCUGACGUACCAUAUUAUAUACAUUGUGUUUCACAUCUGACAUAUCAGUGCUCAGUUUUGUAUUUGUUUUAUUUAAUGGAAAACAAAUGUAUUGUUCAUAUUGAUGUGCAUUGUUUUCUCCCCGACUUCACUUGUAAUGCCAGUUUGUUCGCCAUAAAUCCAUAAUCAUCAUUUUUCUGUGAAAGCCUUGCUUUUUAGCACUUCAUUAUUGUAAAUUCUGUUGUUAUUUCUGAGAUAAGUUUCAUAAACAAUUGUGUUAAAUGUGUAUUCAUAUACAUGUGUGUACAUCCUUUGAAGAAAGAUUAAAGUCAGUUUCAUUCUAAGAAAUUUAUCUUGUAUCAGUCAGAUGGCUGGAGUAUUGAGGCAUUAUUCUGCUUUUUGAUUAGUAAAAUUGUUUGGAUUUGUAACAUGUUAAUUUUCAUUCUGUGUGCCUUGGGUUGCCACUGCAACAUGUUUUUUUUAUGCAAGAUGACAGUUGCUGCAAUGCAGUUUGACAAUCUGUAGCCUUGUGUUGUUUAUUAGAAGAUUUGAAAUGAUUUAAUAUAUAUAAGUUUCUGUAUAAAAGUUUAAACCCCUGUUGUAUCGAAAUCCUAACCCCCGGGGCUCAAGACUUGAAUCAAUUUUAAAUCUGCAUUACAUACAGAUGCAUGCAAAACUUCGAACCUAUAUUGCAGCUGUAUCAUGACCAAAGGGGUCAUGAUUUUAAUAAACUGUUAUAGACAUUAUGCUAGUAAGCUAUCAUACAAGCUUUAUUACUCCUGAUCCAAUGGUUCUUGAGUGGAAGAUUUUCAAAUGACCCCACUCUAUUUUCAGUAGUUACCAAUUACAUACAUGUAUCUCCCUUUGAGAGAGGUUGUGGCCCCUCAUUUUGGCCCAAUGAUUCAUAGGAUGCUGAACAUGUGAAAAGAUAUCACAACUGACAAAUGGAAAAGCUCAUUUACACUGUCGUUCAUGUGUGCUAAAAAUGAUAAUGCGUUUUAGUAGUAAAUAAAACUAGAAUUUAUAAUUCAUUUUACAGAACAAUGUACAUGAAUCGGCAGAGUUGUGUAAAAUGAGAUUACAGUAAAAUUACUGCUUCGUGCUUGUUUACUGUAUGAACGUAGUACAUGCAUCAGUACUUAGUCAGUUGAACUGAUCAAAGUGUUUAGCAGUUCAUCUUGGAUUAAUAUUAUACUGACUGAAAAUUGCUUACUGAUUUUUUAUUUUUACUAGAAUCUUGUACCAUUUAUUAUUGUAGACAUUUGCUUCUUUAAAUUUUUCCCGUUGAACAGCACACAUUCAUGCAUUGUUAAAACUGGAACUACACUGCUGGUCGUGUUCAGUUAAAUCUGCAAGCUAGAGUUCAUGUUGAUGCAUUCCGAACUAGAUAUGUUUGAAGCUUAAUCAGAUUUUGUAGUCAUGGGUACCAUGUUUUAUCUCCUGUGUGUAUCUCAGAAAUCGGCAUUUCGUAACUGUUGUGUUGCAUUGAUUUAAUGGAAUUGUAAUGCGCAGUGACGAUUUCAUGAACAUUGUUAUGUUUUGUAGCUCUAGUGUACUGAGAUUAAAAAAAUAGAAAUCUCCCA